AUGGCUCCGCAAAAGAGGGCUAGAACAGAAAAUGAUGAGGAGAUCACAUCAGUGGAAAGCGCCAGCUCCGCACUUCGACAAGAUGGCAGCAACAAGAAAGCACGUCUAUCAAACACCUCGAAACCCCGGGAUGCACCAAGCCGGAGUCCUUCUCCAUCCUCGAGUGAUGACGAUUCCGACGACGAACUGCUCGCCGCCGACGAUGCGCCAGCCCUUCCUGCCAGCACACAGUACGAAACCCAGCGGGAUAAUGGCUUCAUACAUCUCAAUAACACCAAGGCGGAUGACGCGAAGGAACGGAAGAGAUUUAUGGCUAAGAAAAUGGGCACGAAGACAGGCGACAAUCGUGCUGCCGACAACGCGAUUAUUCAGAAGAUCACUUGCAGGAACUUCAUGUGCCACGACAAUCUCGUUGUUCCACUAGGACCUCUGAUCAAUUUCGUUGUCGGUAUGAAUGGCAGUGGAAAGAGUGCCGUCCUUACAGCCAUCACGUUGUGCUUGGGGGGCAAGACCGCAGCAACCAAUCGUGGAGCGAGUUUGAAGGCACUUAUCAAGAGCGGCAGAGAGCAAGCUUCUUUGAUCAUCGAGCUGAAGAAUGAAGGCAUUGAUGCAUACCAACCGGAUCUUUAUGGGAAGAAGAUCAUUAUUGAGCGUCAUUUCUCAAGGUCUGGGAGCAGUAGCUUCAAGCUCAAGACCGAGCUGAAUAAGCUCAUCUCAACUAAGAAAGGAGAUGUUGAGGAUAUCGUGGAAUACUACCAACUCCAAGUCGACAAUCCUAUGAAUGUGCUGACACAGGAUGCUGCCAAGUCAUUUAUCACCGCUUCGACCCCGGCCAUGAAAUACAAAUUCUUCGUGGAGGGUGUUCAGCUCGAGGCUCUCGACAGGGACUACAAGAUAAUCUCUGAUACUUGUGAUCAAAUCGAGACUAGGCUACACGAUUCGAAAGGAGACUUGAAUGCCCUAAAAAAAAGAACCGAUGCUGCUAUUCAAAGAGCGGAAACUGUGCGCAAGUAUGAUGGUGUCAAAAUCGAGCUGAAAAGACUUAGGAAGAAGCUCGCUUGGGUGCAAGUGGCUGAACAAGAGAAGAUUUUGGCCGACCUUGACCAGAAAGUUGCCGAUUCUCAGCAACAGAUUGUCGAUGCUCAGCGGAAUGCCGAAGUCAGGGGAGCCGCCCUUGAUGGGAUUGAUGAAGCCAUACAACGUACCAAAGAGGUCGAGACACGUCUCGAAGAAGAGAGAGGGCCAGUGACGGAAGAAGAGGAUGCUGCUCGCCACGCCCACGAGGAAGCUUCCAAAGAGGUCGCCAAAUUCCACAUCCAGCAAAAGAGCGUCGUUGCGGCUCUCAAGGACGCAAAGGACAUGGUCAAGGGCAUCAAGGCGGAAAUCACGGCUGAGCAGGCCCGUCUGCAUGCAGCUCAUGGUGGAGCACAAGACAAGAAAAUCGAGGAGCUUGCCGUUGCUCAGCAGGCCGCCGAAGAUGCCAGAACGAAUCUCUCACAAAAUGAAGAGGACAAACCUAGACUGGAAGAACAUCUUAAAGAAGCACAAGCUGAAAUGUCGAAGCUAGAGUCACCUCUACGAGCUAAGACAGAGGAGUUGAAAAGCGCGAAAGCCCGACUAAGUUCUUUGGGCUCAAAUCGUGGCGACCGCAUGGCGGGAUUUGAUAAGAAUAUGCCCACCUUGUUGAGAGCAAUUCAAGCAGACCGGGCUUUCCGCGAAAAGCCAAUCGGUCCUCUGGGCCUACACAUACAGCUUCUACAGCCGAAAUGGAGCAAUGUGAUCGAAUCGACGUUAGGCAAUGCUCUGAAUGGGUUCAUUGUCACUUCUAAGGCAGACUCCUUGAGACUCAAAGACCAUUUGAAACGACAGAAAAUGAUGUUUUGUCCGGUCUCUAUCGGCAAUUUUCAACCCCUCGACACUACCAAUCAUGAGCCGGAUCCUCAGUAUGAUACGAUUCUCAGAGUUCUCAACAUCAACAAUGAGGCGGUCAAGCGACAACUAAUCAUUGGACAUGCUAUUGAACAAACGUUACUAGUGGCCAGUCGAACUGAGGCUAUCAGGAUCAUGUAUGAAGGCCCAAGACCACGGAAUGUCAAAAACUGUUUUGCUAUGCACGACAGCAGACCGGACUGGGGUCAUAGGGUAGCUUUAGUUGGAGGUGGCGGUAGAGACAUCAGUCCUGUUUAUCCCCCGAGAGGAAGAGCACGCAUGCAAACAGACACCGACAGCCAGAUCAACCUCCAAAAGGAAACAGUACAAUCCCUGGAUGCAGAACUGAAGGCCCGUACUCAGGUGUAUGAGCGGCAAAAAGGCGAGGUUAGCAAAUGUAAGGACGCCAUUCAGCAGAAUAAGAGAGACAACCAGCAGCUCAAAGUCGCCAGCCAGAGAGCAGCACACAGAGUGGAUAGCCUACAGAGCGAGAUUGAUAAUUUGCAAGGGGACGAUGGCAAGCUUGAUGGACUUAAGCAGGACCUGGAACCGGCGGAAGAAGGUCUCAGAUUGCAAGAGAAAAACUAUGGCGACUCCGUGCUGGAGAAAAAUAGCCUCAAUGCAGCCGCAACCGAGAAGAAACGAGCGCUUGAUGCCAUCAAGGAGCGUCUCGUGGAAUUUGAUACCAAGAUGCAGAAGAUUCAGAACAAAAUUAGGAAUCAGGAGCAAGCUCGUAAGCUCGAGCUGACACAGAAAAACCGUGCUCUGGAAGAAGUCGAGAUGUACCAAGAGAAGAAAGAGGAGGCGGAGCGAAGGGUUGCCACGCAGAAUGAAACAGUGGCUGAGUUUACCAAAGAUGCCAUGAAGAUUUGUGCGAGAGUUACACUCGAACCUGGUGACACCGAAACAGGCCUGGGGCGAAUCUAUGAGACGAAGAAGAAGCAGCUUGAGGAUGCUAGAAGAAGACAAGGUGGGACUGAUGAAGAGAUUCAGCAAGAAGCAAUUGAUGCCAAGGCCAUAUUCUCCGCUGCUGUCUCCAACAGGAAGGAGCUUGAAGAGCUUUUGCAGCUUCUGAAGCAAUCAUUCAUGCUUCGUCUUCAGCAGUACCGAGCAUUCCAAAAGUGGAUAUCUGCUCGGUCUCGUAUCAACUUCAGCUACUUGCUCAGUGAGAGAGCCUUCCGCGGAACUCUUGUUAUCGAUCAUGCCAACAAGUUGCUUGAUGUUGUAGUCCAGCCAGACGACACUAACAAGAGCUCCAAAGGACGGCAAACCAAAACACUCUCCGGCGGAGAGAAAUCGUUCUCUUCUAUUUGCCUUCUCCUAUCCUUGUGGGAAGCGAUGGGUGCACCUCUUAGAUGCCUGGAUGAAUUUGAUGUCUUCAUGGAUGAUGUGAACAGAGACGUCAGCACAAGGAUGAUUAUAUCGGCUGCCCGUAAAUCAGUUGGCCGGCAAUUCAUCCUCAUCACCCCAAAGGCCUUGGGAGCUGGAAUGGAUGCAGACGCUGACGUAAACAUGAUCAAGUUGACCGAUCCUCGAGAAAAGCAGAAAAAGAUAGAUGAGAUGCUUAGAUGA